AUGGCUAUAAAGGUUCUUCUUCGAAAGUUCAGGGCAAUUAGAUUGAGAAGAUUUGCUACAAAGGCAAUUAAGGACAAAAAGGAAGCAAAGAAAAGGGGAACUUGGGUGGGCAUUUCGCAUGGUUUUCAUGUAAUUGAAAGGGAUGGUAACCCUGAAGGUUCUGUGCUUGCGCAAAGAGAGCAAAUAGAACGUUCGGAGAUGUGGUUAUUUGGAGCCUUCGAUCAGAAAAUGGGAUGUGGAAUCACAAAAUAUUUGCAGUCACAUCUCUUUGACAAGAAACUUAAUGAGUAUCAAAUUCGAAGAAAAGCCAAAAAGACGAUGAGGAAGGCCUAUAUUUCUACAAGGGCAAAGGUUCAUAAAGGAGAGAAAGAAAAUGAGAUUGGAGGAUCCACAACUGUGCUUGUUAUGAAUAGAAGGCAAUUUGUGGCAGCAUCUUUUGGUGGAUACAAAGCUAUAGUGUGUAAGGAUGGCGUGGCCGCACAAAUAGGUGGGAAACAUCAUCGAAGAGCAAUAAAGGGACAAUGGUCAUUCUCAGACAUGUUAUGUGCUGCAAGUGGUGGAGACCAUAAGCCUCCAAAGGACUUGCAACUUGUUGUCAUUGCACAAAAUGUGGAACCUGAUAUGGACUUUAUCAUACUUGCAAGCAAUGGCGUAUGGGAGGUGAUGAGAUACCAGGAAGCUGUGGACUUGAUAAGCCACAUUGAAAAUGCUCAAAUGGCAGCUGAAUGUUUGGCCGAGGAGGCACUUUGUAGAAUGAGCAAAUCCGCCAUCUCCUGCAUUGUGAUUCGCUUUCAUUGACAAAUGAUUCUUUCCCUUCUUACUUUCCCCAUAUGACAUGAAAUACUAUCAUGCAUAACUAUUUUGUGCUCGGGAGAAGGCAGAGAGAGAGAGACAGAGAGAGAUUCUUAGAGGAACAAAUUUAGAUAUUGAAGAAUAUGUAGUAUGAGCAGAUGUUGACGUUGUAUGCUUGUGUACAUC